AUGCAGGCUGCUAGUGUAGGCGGUGGGGGCGGCUCAGCGUGUGUGCUUGCCGUGGGCAGCUUUGGAGCCUGGCGGGCGGCUCCCAUGGGUCAGGAAGUGACAUGUGCACUCUGUGGCGGUGCUCACGUGGCCAGCUAUCGUGGGUGUGAGGUGUGGAAGCGUGCCAUCGCUCGCCAACGUGGCCAAACACCAGCGCCGCGUCCAAAGAAGCCAGCAAACAGACUGUCUGGCGUCUCUUUCGCGGCGGCAACGUCAGGGGCGCCUUCCGCCGCCCCAGCUGAGUCGGCUGCUCCUGCUCCUGCCGCAUCCGAGGCCGUGCCGACACCUGAGGCUCCUGCACCUCCACCACAGCUGCCAGUGGCGGACCCGGGUACUGCCUCUCCGGGACGUCGGCCGGACCGCGCCCCGCCAAUCACCGGCGCGGGGGUCAGCGCCCUGUGGGCACCCAGCGCUCAGCACCGUCAGUCGAGCAGCUCCAGGUGGACUCUCACAGCGAGUCAGCCACGCCUCCCCCUUCCAGCGACAGGGCCGCGCCGGCUGCCUCCACUGCUGACCUGGCCAACCUCGUCGCGCAGCUGA